CUCACUGUCAACUGUCAAGUCAAGUCAACAAAGUGAGUUGAGUUGUGCUGUGAAAGUUGUUUGUUUGGAUUAAUCUAGUAAUUUGCGUAGCUUUUACAAUGCCGAAAGUACGUCGUAGUCGUAAACCUCCUCCAGAAGGAUGGGAACUCAUUGAGCCUACGUUAGAAGAGUUGGAACAGAAAAUGCGAGAAGCCGAAACCGAACCACAUGAAGGCAAACGCAAGCAGGAGUCACUGUGGCCAAUUUUUAAAAUUCACCAUCAGAAGUCGCGUUACAUCUAUGACUUGUUCUAUAGACGCAAGGCAAUCAGCAGAGAGCUGUAUCAAUACUGCUUGGAUGAGAAAAUAGCCGAUGCCAAUCUUAUUGCUAAGUGGAAGAAGACUGGUUAUGAAAACUUAUGUUGUUUGCGGUGCAUUCAGACCAGAGAUACAAACUUUGCUACUAACUGCAUAUGUAGGGUGCCUAAGAGCAAACUAGAAGAAGGCAGAAUAGUGGAGUGUGUUCAUUGUGGAUGCAGAGGGUGCUCAGGAUAAGUUAGAAUUUAGUAAUUAGACCUAAUUUUAGUUCCGCUUUUUCUUUGGUGUCCAAUUCCAUUUUUUUAUAACCUUCAUACAUUUUUGGUUGAAAUAGCAUAUCUAGACUGAUACUAAUUUAUUAUACAAUCACUGACUAUGAAGUUUUUGUAUUUUCAAUAAAAUUUGCAAAACAUUUAACAGCUGUA